AUGUCAUGUGGUGAGGUAAGAUGCACUUUGGAAGAACGAUGGCGCCAUUAUAAUCCACAACAUGUCAUGUGGAAUACCACGUACCUGUCUUCCCUUCGUGAUGAAGCUGCGGUACUAAACCAUGCCGUUCUCUCCGGCAUGCCAUCAGAGAACCCUAUCUUCGUUUCAAAAGCCGAGGAUUUUGAAAACCUACAGCAUUCAGAGCACUCGAAAAUAUUCAACAAGGGGACAAACUUUGCAUCCUCCGUGGUGUGUACUGUUGGGGCCAAAGUCAUGUUUCUCACAAAUAGCAUGCUGAGCGAGAGAGGAAUCUCUAACGGCUCUAUUGGUGUUAUUACUAAUUUGUUACCCGACGACGAAGUUGAGGCUGCAUUUCCCACUAAAGACGGUAUCCAAGUCUUGCACUUGCACAAAACUCCGUCGUACUUCCAGACAAAUGGGGUGGAAUACAAACGUGUACAGCUUCCAAUCAUCAAUGCAUUUGCGUUGACAAUCCAUAAGGUUCAAGGUCUGUCACUGCCAGAUGUUACCGUCGCCUUGAAUUCUAAUAUCUUCUCUGACGGACAAGCAUAUGCGGCAUUGAGUAGAGGAAAGGAUCUCGAGCAUUUGUACUUGACCCACUGUGAUCUUGAAGCUAUCAAGGCAGACCCAGAAGCAAUAGCUGAAUACGAAAGACUGGAAGCUAAGGCAGAACAACUCAAUACACCACAUUCUCACUGA